AUGAUGAAUAACACAGCAAGAACCAUUUCAAGUCUCCGUUCUUUCGACAAUGCUCAUCUCGACAUGCAGUCGUUCGAUAUCCGGCCGGGAUCACCAGAAAGCGUUUGCCGUCAGCUUUUACUCAAUCCUGGCAUACCGAAUUUUGCCGACGGCCCCAUAGUGGAGCAAAAUACACCAACCCAAGGGGUUGGUCAGCUGCAUCCGGGCUCUUUCCAUCUUCGAAUCAUGAUAUAUCGUAUGGGAGAUCACCAUACAAUCAAAGAAACUUUGAAAAGAGCAUUCUUCGUAGAAGAACUCAAUUCAAUCCCACGCUUCAUCGAAAGUCUGAAGAACCGAUCAGAUGGAGGAAGGCUCCCAGGAGCUACCAUAAGCUAUCGCCUUAAACAAAAGGCAUUCUUUGAGAAUGAUUCAAAAUUCACGGCCAAGGCCAAUGCAACCACAAUCAACAUUCAAGUGACCAAUUUCGUGGACGAUGUUUGGGCCAGAUUUGAUAGCAAUGCAGAGCACCUGGAAGCAUCACGGAAUUCAGAUCGCGAAGUCUCAUUCCAGCAUCUUGAUUCAGUUUUGGAAAGCUUAGCGAUAAAUUCGUAUGAGCUGCGAAAGCAUGAGUCCCGCAAACAAGAUAAGAGAAACCGGGUGUUCAGGAGUCCCGAUGAUGCUGCUUGGUAUUUCAAGAAAUAUUUGCGGUCUAAAAAGCUCGACUACAACACCGCUGGGCCAUCAACAGAACUCUUGAUAAGCUUUUUUCAAUCAAGGAAUAUCAAUAGUCAAGCCACUCUGGAGAACUUCUUGGGUCAUUUCUUUGAAGAUCAUUUCUUUAAAGACACUGGUCGCGAAAAUUACUCAGCAGUUGCGCGAGACUAUGAGGGCAUCGACUUUGAUCUUGGUUUUUAUCUCGUCGAUUACACGAUAUUUGGGAGGAAUAAUGCGACUUUUGACUGCACUAAUAUUGAAACAAUCACGCCUACCGAAAAGUUAAGGACAGUAAUGAGCGCAUUCCUAUGGAUGAGACUUCUUUAUCCAAGGCGGGAAUGGCAGAGCAGGCUUCUCAAAUUUCCAUUUGAGAAAGAGCUUAAAGACCAUUUCCACUGGCUGGUGGAUAUAAAACAGCAGGAGUCAUUGAAGGAAGAUCAUGAGCUGACUGGCGGAGAUCAGACCCGUAUUGAUCGGCUGUGGAGAUGGUUGAGUCGACAUGAUCAGCGACCAAUCAAAUUGGCAUUUUUGGUGGCGAAUAAUCGCAUGGCAAGAGAUGUGCUUAAUGAGAUGGAUGUUGUUCAUCGUUUCAUUGAAGAAAUCACAGACUCCGCUCAAUUGGGCCGCCGAACAUAUUGA